UUUUUGGGCCACACGUACACAAAACUGAGGUAUUUAAAAUGAGUUCUGGUUCAACUUGUGCUGUUUCCGGUUGCUACAACAACUCGAAAAAACUGAAGAGUUUUCAAGAAAGUAUUUGUGUAGCUCACCAGAAAAUAAGGGAUGAAUGUCCGUGCCUGCCACCGUACGCAUUACACUCCAUGCCCGCGAAGAAUGAAAGGAAACACGCGUGGCUCGCGGCUAUGAAAUUAAAGAGUCCUCCAAAGAGAGUUUAUGUGUGUUCAUUUCAUUUCGUAGAUAAAAAGCCCACGGAACUUCAUCCCGAUCCGGAGCUUUACCUGGGUCACAAUCGACCGGAUCAAAGCAAACGAAAACAAGAUCAAGACGCCGACGGAUCUGACGGUGAGAAGAUGUCGGAGGACGUGGUGCGUCAGACGCGCAGUCAGAAGCGGGCACUAGAGAAGGAACCCCCCACUACCGAGGCCGACUUGAAAAGGGUCAAACUGGAGAGGGGAGAGCUGGUGACCGUGGAUGGACUGAAGAACAAGAGCGAACACGCCAACAAGGUGGCCAACAUCCUACGAACCGGAGAGGUGAAGGCAACCAUCAAGGUGGAGGUGCAGACCGGAGAUGAACCCGUGGACAUGAGCACUUCUAAGAGCGACAUAAAGAAGGAGCGUCCUCUGACGCCUGAUGAUGUCAUCAUUCUGUCGGACAAUGAGCCUUCUAGUCCUUGUAUGAAUGGGGUCAGCCACAGUUUCAAGAAGACAGAUACAGAAAUGCUGAUGAAGAGCAGCCCGGCCGAGCGUGAACACAUCAUCAAGCAGCUGCAGGAAGAGCUGCGCCUGCAGGAAGCCAAACUCGUUUUGCUGAAGAAACUUCGGCACAGUCAGACCCAAAAAGACGUCGCGCAAAAGUCAACUAAUUCUGUGACUGCACCUCCACCUCUUGUAAGAGGCAGCAUCUUGUCCGCUAAAGGACCUCUACAGGUGUCCAACCGAAACUCAGGAACAGUGAUUCCUCCUCCUCUGGUUCGAGGUGGGACCCAGGUCUCCAAACACGGCUCCACAGUGGUCAUGCCACCUUUAGUCAGAGGGUCACAGCCCAUCGCCGGGACCCCGCAGCAGAUUGCGUCGCUGCGACAGCAGCAGCAACAGCACUCUGGCUCUGGACCUCCUCCGCUUCUGCUGGGCCCGCGGACCUCCGUACCCAGUGUGCAGAUGCAGGGCCAGAGGAUCAUCCAGCAGGGCUUGAUCCGCGUGGCUAGCGUAGCCAACGCAAACGUCCUGGUUGCACAGGCAUCUUCGAAGAGCUCUUCUGUGAACUCUGGUCUGGGCACCAGCAGCUCCAGCGCAAACGACUCUCCUGCCAGUCGCCAGGCCGCCGCCAAGCUCGCGUUACGGAAACAGCUGGAGAAAACACUCCUCGAGAUCCCACCACCCAAACCUCCUGCACCAGAGCUUAAUUUUCUACCCUCGGCAGCCAAUAAUGAGUUCAUUUACCUGGUGGGGCUGGAGAUGGUGGUCCAGAAUCUACUAGAUACACUGGCUAAAAGCAAGCAGCCGCAGGCCGAGUCUGCAUCCACCCCAUCGCCCAAAGAACCCUAUACAUGCACCCAAUGUCAGACGGACUUCACCUCUCGCUGGAGGCAAGAAAAGAGCAAUGGAUCCAUCCUCUGUGAGCAGUGCAUGAGCUCCAACCACAAGAAGGUUCUGAAGGCGGAGCACACAAACCGUCUGAAGGCCGCCUUCGUCAAAGCCCUACAGCAGGAGCAAGAGAUCGAGCAGCGCAUUCUGAAGCAGGCCGCCUCGCCCGUCUCCAAGUCCACCAGCUCAUCUUUGUCCUCGCCCGUGAUCAAGUCGGAUCACGUGCUGGUGUCGCCGCAGUACAAGCAGGUGCGCACGUCUCUCCAACAGCAGCAAACCAGUAGAGGAUCAUCGGUGGGUCACUACCACAACACCAUCAAGCGGACUACAGGGCAGCUGUCACGCAGCGUACAGCAGGCGGUGAGCGCGGGCGCACGCCACAACUUCACCACGACCUCUCAGCUGCAGAGCGCCGUCACGGCCGCCGCGCUGGCCAGCAGGCCAGGUAAGCAUGCCGUGAGGGCAGGGGAAAAGGGCAGCAGCAGCACCAAUACCUGGAGGAAACAGAACAGCACCACCACAGGUGUCGCCAUGGCUUAUGGCAACUCCAGUCUUUCUGUGCACAGGACGACGUCUCCAGUAGACCGUCAACGCGAGUACCUCUUAGACAUGAUCCCCUCUCGCUCCAUUUCCCAAACAGCAAACACAUGGAAAUAGUGCCCUGUGAUGGACGACAACCAUCUUAAUAUUUCUCAUAAAUAUAAUCCUGUCUCUGGACGUUUGGUUGGUUAUCAAUAUGGGAGAACCAGCCAUUAAGCAAUAAUAAAAAUGAAAAAAUAUAUUUUCUUUCUAUUUCAUCUCUGUUCCAAGACCUUUAGUUGUACAGUUUGAGGCAAGAAACCCAUAGGCCAAAAAGUAUCCUAGAGCAGAACUGUACCAGGAUCAGUGAUCGAAGAGACACCAGAGAUCUUCUGUACAGGCCUUUGUAUGUAUCUACUGAAUCCCUCCAGAACCGAGUGGGCUUGAGUGAUCUAAUACACGUGAUGAUGUCACCCAUCCGCUUGCUUUCCGUGGCUCUUAUUUGGAGCCAAGUGGAGUGAUGGAUCUCCAUUAGAGUUCCAGGGACUCACGGACACAUUUUCCACAGGAAGUGGAGGAGACGGGAUUGUUGACUUCCUGCGUAAACCAGGGAUUGUUUUUUUUUUCUUUUGACCUUUUGCGGACCAUCUACGCUCUACGAGAUUGAUUUAGGUUUUCUGACGUGCACACUGUGUCAUCGGUGUGUAUGUUGCGUAUUUUGUUAAUAAAUUGUUUUUAGUUUUGUUGGUGUGGUUUUUUUUUACCGUGGGCUCAUUCCACCCUUUUUUGAAAUGGCCUUUUUUACAGGCUUCAAAUAUACAAGAAAUUGUUAAACUGUUGAGGUGGUUAUACAUCUGCUGGUGUAGUGUGUGUUUUGGAAUAUUUUUGGGUUGUUUUUUUUUCUUUGUAAGCUUACAAAAGACAUUUAACCGCAUCAGGGAUAGUAACGGAGAUGGUCAUAACUAACAAAAGCAGCAGCCGUGACCGGACAACUGUUGUAGACUUGCGUGUGUGUGCGUGUGAACAAUUUGUCGAUAUCAGGUGAGUCCGAUGGUAGAGCUGAUAUUACAUUAAACUUUCAUUGUGAUCUUUACCCCCUUAAAGCUUUCUUCUAACAGCAUCCAGGUAAUAUUUGGAUGUUUCGUUAUUUAUAAAUGUCACUUUAGAUGAAGGAUAUACUAUUAGCCCAAGUUGAAUGAAUUUUUAUCCCGGAGAUUUCUUUUUGUAGUUGCGAAUUAAAGAUUGCAAUUCUGUUUGCUAGAAACUUAUUCGUUUUAGAUCCUGUUGCAAGUUGUGCAGUCUGGCAUGAACGAAUCUUUCCUUAAAGGAAAUGUUUGGGUUGAAAGCAUUACUGCUUAAAGAAUGUAGCAAACAAUCUUGCGUGAUUAGAUAAGUGAAUUCCUUAUGUACCUGCCUGUUAGGUGUUGGUUGCGUUAUUUUGCCAUCUCUCUUUUUUUCUUUGUUCUGGAUUGAUUUGCUAGCAGUAUGCUUGAUAUUUUAGCUGAACAGUUCAUGUGUAUUAUAUGCAAAAGCUCGGGUCCCUAGUCUCUGCAGUCCAGAACACAUCCAGUUAUGCUGUAUGUCAACUUUUGGUUUUCAAGAUGAGAUCCGUUCGAUGCCUGUGCAGUGUUUGUGACAGGGGCCUGUGUUUUAGACGGCUGCUCUGAGUGACUACUGCCUGCUGCUGGUAACUAACACCAUUCCAUUUUCCCUGGGAUGCUGCCAUUGUUUGUGUAACAUCCCUUUUACAAAUUGUAAAAAAAAUGUUCUUUUUCAUCUGUUUCUGAUCUCUGUUAAUAAUUAUAAUAAAACUAAUUUUAGCCUGUUUUGGCUUGUGUGUUG